AUGUCCUCGUCCGAGUUCUCGGCCGUCACCGAAUCAAUAGCAAACCUAUCCCUCGUCACCACAGACGCGCCCUCACCACAAGAGGAAGAAGACGAGCGCGUAGAGGAGACAGUCACCCCACGCCAGGCCCAUUUUCCUCCGGAAGAGCAGGCUCCCGAGACCGCGCCUGAGAGACAGCACGGCAGAAAGGCAAGGAAGCAAUCACCACACUCCGGCUCAGAAACAGAGACAGAGGAUCACAGCAACAUGCCGUCCGGGUCAUCAUCAAAACACCACCAUCACCACCACUCGUCCUCCAGCUCCUCCAAGAAGCACGGGUCCUCAUCUUCGUCCAAGCACCAGUCCAAAGGCGACGACUGGUCGGAGGUGACAGAGCCCGAGGAGCGAAGGCGGAUCCAGAACAGGAUCGCCCAGAGAAAAUUCCGCGAGAAGGCGCGCGAGCAAAAGGAGCGCGAGGAGCGGGAGUCCCGCAAUGAGCAGCUGGCAGGCAGCUCGUACCAGGUCCCCGUGCCCGAGGACUUCAUGUCCCCCGAGGGCGGCGAGUACGGCGACUACCUGUCCGGGGUGCCGUGGGGCGGCGUCAGCAUCCAGCACAUGGUGGCCAUGGGCCACGAGAGCGAGAGCCGGCGGGGCAGCCGGCGGGGCGGGCUGUCGGACCAGCAGCAGCAGUACGACUACAGCGCCUUCUACGACCCGCAGCUGUACGACGCGCAGCAGCUGGGCGGCGGCGGGUACGGCGGCGGCGGUGCGGGGGCGGGGGCCGCGGACGACAGCAACAGGUAUUUCGACGCCCUGUCCACCUCGGGCUCGUCACCCUCGUACUUGUCGUUCGAUUCGGGCUCGGGUUAUGACAACUUCUCAGGGGACAACAGCAGCAGCUCGGGGGCGAGGUACUAG